UUUCAGUAAUCUUUCUAAGAUCUUAGGCUUUUUUUAUAAUUUGUUUCGCAUUUGAGGAAACUUGUUUGGACUAAGAAAAUUACUGGGUAAAAUGUAUAAGAACAACGCCAAAAGGACGUGUCUCUGAAAUAAAGAUGGUGCGUGUCGAAAUUCAACCAUUCCACGCUUCAUUUCGAACAAUGGCAACAAGUUAUUCAAAGCUAAAGGAAUUAAUUACUCUAAGGGUCAGUAUGAGUGAUAUGCACAGCCAAAUACUACAUGCGAUGAAAGGUUUAUACCAAAACGAUAUCAACUCUGCCAGGAGGUACGAGCAAAUAACUACGAUUGGACAACUUUUAAAGGUUUUGGAACUUAGAGAUGUAUUGUCUGAAGAAAAUAUUUUGCCAUUACAAGUGCUGUCUCAGAGACUUCCAGAUAAUAUGGAGGUAAUGAAUAGCAUCACCUGUUAUGAGCCAAAUCAUGGACCUAAACAAAACAUAAAUCAAUAUGCUGAGGAACACACACAACAGACUGUUCUGCCAAAACCGCCGCCGAAGGAAAACCAAGGUAGUGCAUUCUCGGACGGUCUAUGUGAGAAGAAACGUGAAAGGAUAACAGAAACCAUUGUUGAAGAAAUAGGCUCGUAUUGGCGCAAUCUAGCCAGAUACCUAGGCAUACAAGAAUGGAGAAUCGACGAGAUACAGUGCAACGGUAAACCAAUAGAAGAAAAGGCAGCAGAAAUAAUGGAGAUGUAUAAGAAAAGAGCUGAUCGUAAGAAAUGGUUUUUUGAUCUCUUAGAAGCAUUAGAGAAAUCCCGUAGACGGGAAUUGUGUAAAAAAAUAAGAGACAUUGCUACAAUGAACAUCUAGAUAUACACAUUGGUUCUCCUUUUUAGGGUUUCGUACCCAAAGGGUAAAAACGGUACCCAAUUACUGAGACUCCACUGUCCGUCCGUCUGUCUGUCACCAGGCUGUACCUAUCUCAUGAACCGUAAUAGUGAACCAUGAACCAUGACAGUUGAAUUUUUUACAGAUGAUGUAUAUCUGUUGCCACUAUAACAACAAAUACUAAAAGUACGGAACCCUCGGUGGGCGAGUCCUACUCGCACUUGUCCGGUUUUUCUUUAAAAAAACACAUUUUAUUUACUACGUAGCCAAGUCUAAAUACAACUACAUUGCGUCACACGUACAAAAAAUUUCAUAGAAUGGGUUUGGAUCUAAUUUUAAUUGUGUCAACUACAAAAAUGUAAAAAAAAAACACAGAUGAGAAACGGUCCAUGUAGUUUAUGUUUAUGCAUAGCACUAUAAUAUUUUUGUAGUUACUGAUGUAGUGACCAAUCCUUUCCUAUCGUAUUCUCAGAAACGUUCGUAUUUCCUCAGUACUUUUUGCACUGAGACUGACUGAAGAAGCAUGACCCAUGACAAAUACGAACGUUUCCGAGUAAAUACGGAAGUAGAGGAUUAUUCACUACAUACAUCUCACAAAUAUACAAUGUAAGCAUCAUUCUAGAUUCGUCCUACAUCUGUUCUUAGUUUUUCGGCAAACUUAUUUUCAAGUAUGUAUCUCAAUACAUGCAUU